AUACAUUAAUUUGAUCUCCAUACGAUACUUCUAGGAUUGUAGGCAGCUUAGUACUGUUCUUAUCUUAAACCCUAAUUUCGAUCCCAGCAAAAACCCUAGCCCCCAUCUUCUCCCACCACUCCUCAACACCCCAAAAAAAGAAAAUGACUGGAGAGGCAGUGAAUCCAAAAGCCUACCCUUUGGCUGAUGCGCAGCUCACAAUCUCAAUAAUGGACAUUGUUCAACAAGCCGCCAACUACAAACAACUCAAAAAGGGUGCUAAUGAAGCUACGAAGACAUUGAACAGGGGUAUUUCUGAGAUUGUAGUGAUGGCCGCGGACACUGAGCCACUUGAGAUUCUUCUCCAUCUCCCACUGCUUGCUGAAGAUAAGAAUGUACCCUACGUAUUUGUCCCUUCGAAGGAAGCACUUGGCCGAGCUUGUGGAGUCACCAGACCUGUCAUUGCCUGUUCUGUGACAUCAAAUGAGGGAAGCCAAUUGAAACCCCAAAUAGAGCAACUCAAGGAUGCCAUUGAGAAGCUCUUGAUCUGAAAUGUUAUCGGGUGCAUAUUUUCGGUAUGAUGGGCUUCUUGGAUCAUAGUGGACGCUCCUUUAGAGGCUUUGACUGAUGAAGUUGUUGUGCUACUAGUGACCUAUAAGAUUUGAUCUCUAUGCAAUUGGGGAAAUACUCUUAAAAUGUAUCUGCUAGGAGUUUGGAUAAUUGAUGCUUUGAUUAAUGUUAAAACCUGCCUAAUGUGAUUUGUUUGCUUUUUGGCUGUAGUAGUUUAAGGAAUCAAUGAGUAUUCCUUUUUGUUUUUUCGUUUUU